UAUGCAGAGGGCGUUAUUUUUCGACGCAAACAUUCAUGACCUAUCGAGAUCCAUAAGAUCAAAAGUUUUUACAGCAUUUAUCAACAUUUCAAAUAUUUCUACGUAUAUUGUUACGUAUAUCUUCUCACUGCCGUAGAUCAUGUCAAAAAGUAAAAUGCAGCAUCAAGUUGACAAUUGUAUCGUAGCUGUUAAGAGUAAGUUUGAUGCUGACAUUAUAAGAUUUUCAGUUAGAAGAAAUGAGCCUAUCAGUUAUGAAGAUUUUAGAAAAUUAUUAGCAGAACGUCACGAUAUUGGUCCUGAAUUAAACUUUCUUAUUUGGUAUACGGAUCCAACAGAUGGAGAUUUACUGCCAAUUAAUAAUGACAACAAUUUGGCCAGAGCAUUACUUGCUGCAAAGCCACUUCUUAGAAUAUUCAUACAAAGGAAAGGUGAUGGAUUGGAAGAAAUAAAUGGAUAUGGUACGAUGAAACCAAAAAAUUUAAUUUCAAGUAUACUCGGUGGUACUCCUGGCAAACCAAAAUCCUUGGCAAUAUCAAAUCCACAUGAUUUUCGGCAGGUAUCUGCGAUCAUCGAUGUGGAUAUAUUACCUGAAACUUGUCGUCGUGUUCGACUUUUAAAACAUGGGUCAGAUAAACCCUUGGGUUUCUAUAUUAAAGAUGGUGAAAGUUUUCGAAAAUUGCCACCAUCGGCUGGAGGUGGUAUUGAAAAAGUACCAGGUGUUUUCAUUAGUAGAUUAGUACCAGGUGGUUUAGCAGAAAGUACUGGCCUAUUAGCAGUAAAUGAUGAAGUAUUAGAAGUUAAUGGAAUAGAAGUUGCUGGAAAAACUCUUGAUCAGGUCACAGACAUGAUGAUUGCGAAUUCCUCAAAUCUCAUAAUAACAGUUAAACCUGCCAAUCAACGAGCGGCUCUUGCUGCACCUAGGCGUGGUUCCUUCUCGCGUAAUAGUCAAUUAUCAUCAGGAAGUCAUCAGUCAACGCAAAGUGCAGCUACAGGAAGUGAUGAAGAUGCAGAUGAAAUUUUAGAUUUAACUGGUGUAACAUUACACGAUGAAGCAGCAACAUCUCAACAUCAUCAUUUCCAUCAACAUCAUCAUCACCAAAAUCAUUUUAAUCAUGAUCAGGGUGUUUUGCAUCUGUAGAUAUAAAAAGGUAAAUUUUAAAUUCAAUUAAAGAUGUUUCUAAAGAUUAGCAUGCAUGAAAUGAAAGUAUUGAGGUAUAUACUUGUCAUGAAUAGAAUUGUAUAUUUUGUGUUCUAUCCUCUCUUUCUUUCUCUCUUUCUCUCUUUCUCUUAAAUCUAUGC